UGCCUUGGUACAGCCAGCCAGGGGCAGAGAGGGCUGUACAGGCUGAGUACAUAGGGGCAUUGGCUGGGGUGUUUGCAUUAAGGUGUACAGCUCAGCAGAGCGAGAUUGCUGUCUAGCUCGAGCUGUGACAGCUGCUUCCUCCUAAGCACUCAGCCAUUGGCACAACCAACUGCAGUUUUCUUUGCAUUUCCUGCACGAUUCAAAAGGCAGUCUGCAAAAAUGAGUCACCCUCACCCUGGACCACUUGCAACUUACAACAGCCUCACAGACAAACACUUGACUGGAUACUUCAGCAAUAUGAGGAUAAGACGGCAUCUCCACCGAUCAGGGCUGAUCUCAAGAAGUGGAAGAAUAAUAUCAGAGAAAGAAUAUCGUCUCAAUGUGAUGAGGAAGGAUCACCAAAAAUAUGUUCGGGAGUGCUUAGCUCAGGCCAUAUUUCACAGGGUCCUUGACAUGGAGCGUCAUCACCAGCUAGAAAUAAAAAGAAAACUGGAAAAUGUUGUGAGGAAGGAGAGGGUGCAGAGAAUCAAGGUGGAACGUUCAAGAAGAUCAGGGGAAGAUGCUAAUCUUCUGCUCUCUCCACACCCACCCACUGCUCCAAGAAAUCAUUAUCGACACCCUCCUUUAGUUGAUGGAGAACAAUCUGGUCAUUCACAAUUGUCUUUCUCUCCUCGACCGAACACUGCACCAGAAAACAUGCAACGCCCAAUUCGGCUGCAACCACUUCACAGCUAUGCCACAGCAGGAUCUGUACCAAAGACUCUGAGUUCCAGGCAGAAGGUGUCAAUGCUUGAACACAAUCAUCAUUUUACCAAUGGGGGAAAUAAAGGUAUGAUAGGAUUGACAAAUUCGUCGGAUUACUCAAAUGGAAUAUCCCCAUAUCAGCUUCCCAUCAUGAACAAUUAUGUGAUACCAGUGCCACCCCCACCCCAAAAAGGAGAUAAGAAUGGAAAGUCUGUGAGACAGGGGGCAGCCAGAGGGAGACUAUUUCGUCCCACCACUGCACCAAAUGGCUUAGAGCAACUUUUAACAAAGGAUUCAGGAAAAUUCCACAAGCCCUCAUUACGGAGCAAUGCAUCUGUUACCAUGAUUUAUUUAGGAAAAAAUGUGCACUUAUCUCAUGAUGAUACCGAUUACAGAGAUGAAAUCAAAGUCUAUCAGCAGCAUUGUGGAGGAGAAAACCUUUGUAUUUACAAAGGCAAGCUCCUGGAAAGAGAGACCUUUCAGUUCACCUCAAAGCGGCAUCGUGGCUUCCCCUUCAGUCUCACCUUUUUUCUCAAUGGGAUACAAGUGGACAGACUGAGCUCCUGCUGUGAAUACAAGCAUCGGAAAGGUGCGAGACUGGGAGGCAAACAAGGAUACUUUGGAUUCGUCAAUGUGGACAGAGCGUCCCCCUGUUAUCGCUGUAUUAUUGAAAUGGGUCUGGACAAAAAGCCCUCUCCUCCCAAGAAAGAAAUGAAAGAAGACACUAAAGAAAGGCUUGAGCAAUCAAUGAAAGUCAUAGAGCCCAAUGAAUCCAGCGAAAGCAGUAUUGAACAGAAGGCAAACAAAGAAUCAACACUGGUUAUUUCAUCUGCCCAAGAAAAGGAGUCUUCAGAGGAUAAGAUGGAAAUUGAAGAGGAGGAAAGAAAAGAAGAAACAAGAAGGGGAAUAAAUGAUGAGAAUGACCAGGAAAACUCCAGCAAUUAUGUUUGUCACUUUAACAUUUUAAAAACAUUGGUGGAAAGAAACAGAGGUGAACAAUUAAAUUUGAAAGAGUAUGAUGAAGAUUUUGAAGCAGAUGAAGAGAAAUCAGAUGAAGAAGUUAAUGAAAAAGGACAGGAUGAUGAUCAAAUGAAUGGAAUGUCAAAGUCACCCUCAGAUGAUGAAAAAGAUAAUUUAGUCCAUGAAAAGGAGAGUAAAAGCUCAUCAGAGAAGGCCUCUGACAGUGAGAAAGAUGAAAGUGAUGGAUACUCCGACAGUGACUCAAAGGAGGGUAAACAAGGUGAAGUAGAUGAAGCAGCUAUUUGUGAAAAAGUUGCAGCUGUGAGAAAGAUCCAGUGUUUUUAUAGAAACUAUAAAAGCCAACAGAAAUGUAUCCCAGAUAGGAAGUCUGCAUCUCCUUUCUCAUCCAGCAGUACCCUAUAUAGCAGUGAAGAUGAGUCUGAAGCUGAAAAGACAAAAGACAAUAUUACAGGCAAUGAAAAGGAAGAUAUUGAAAAGACUUCUGAUGAUCAAACAUAUGCACAAUGUGAAAAUGAAAACAAGGACAGCAAACCACCACAAAUGGAGGAAAACCUGGAAAUGGAGGCAGAUGAAAUGGAAAUGGAUGAAACCAGAAAGAUGGAAGCGGAGGAUGCAUCAUUUAGAGAAGAAAGUAAGACUCUUCCUGAAAGUAUCAUGGAAACAUUGCCCCAAGACACAGAUGAAAUCAAUGGGGAACUCAAACAUGGGUCAAUAGAAAAUAACACAAGGGAAGAUGGGGAGGAGGCUGGAAAUAACAUGAGGGAAGAUGGGGAGCAGGAUGUUCUAGUGCAUUUGGAAAGCAGCACUGUGGAAGCAGUGGAUAGAAACAAGGAGCCUCUUGAGGUUGAUGAAGGAGGUGAUUGCAAGUCUGUCCAAGAGAAAAUAGCAGAAGCAAUUGAAAAUGAUUAUCGCUUGAAUUCUGAACCUGAAACCAGUGAUUCCAGUACAGAUGAGGAAGAAGAGACCUUAACAAGUGAAGCUCAUGACAUAAAUGAAGUGCCAGAUGGAGCUUUCUUGGCAGAAGGAACAAGAACAGUUGAAAUACAGAAAGCGACAGAACAAAUGGUACAAGAUGGGUGGAUGAUGGGGGAGAAAAAAGAACUUGAGGAGGAAGAGUUUAUUGCUGAGGAAAGAACUGCUGGCACCAAUGAAGAAGGAGAUGAACGAGCUCUAGAGGAAGAUACAUUGUCUAAGAAAGAAACAGCAUGUUUGAUGGAAGGGGCAGUAGAGAGCAGGCCUGCUGCAAAAGAGACAGUAUCUGAAGAGGAAGGAAUAAUGAAAGGAGACUCAGAAGAGAUUGGGAGAGGAAAGAAACAGGUAUCUGAUGGAGAGGAGGCAUCCAAAGGAAAUGUAGUUGAGAAAGAAGAUGUAAAUGAGAGAGAGCAGGAAGUGGAAGAUGCAGUGUCUGAGGGAGAGGAAAUGGUGGGGGAAAUUACCUCGAAAGUAGAGGAGGUGGUAAAAAUGGGUGAAGCAAUGUCUGAGGGAGAUGCUGCUGCUGAGCAGGCAUCUGAGGAGGAGUCUAUAGAGGAAAUAGCGUUUGAAGCAGUGGAGUCUGUGGGGAUGACAGACUUUGCGGGGAAAGAAGCUGUGAGGGAGGCAGCACCUGAUGCAGAGGAGGCUGUGGAGGAGCGAGAUUCCUUAGGAAAGGAGCCAGCUUCUGAGGGAGACAUGGCUGUGGAAACUGUGUGUGUAGGAGAGGAGGUUGAAUCUGAAAAGAAGAUUGUGGAAGAGGCAACUCUGGAAAAGGCAGAGUCUGCAGUAAGAGAGGUUGCAGGGCAGGUGGAAGCUGGAGGAGGACAUUUUGAGGCGAGGACAGCUUCAGAUGGGGAGGAGGCACUGAAGAAGGCAGCGUCUGCCACUACCAGCCAUGUUGAACCUGAGGGACAAAAGGUUGUGGGCAAGGCAGCAUUUGCAGUAGAGACGGUUGAAAGGCAGGGGGGAUCUGAAGAAGAGAAAGUAGCAGAAAAGGCAGACUUUGAAGGCGAGAAGAUGGAGUCUCUAGCAAAGGGAACUGCAGAGCAGGUGGGAGAGACUGAAAGAGAGGCCAUGGAGAAGGCAGCCUUUGAGGGAGAGGACUCUGUGGAGAAGGCAGGAGAAGUAAAGGAGACUCCGAUACUUCCUUCAGGGCAGGUAGUAUCUGAAGGAGAAACUGUGGAGGAGGUGGCUUUUGAGGGGGGGGAGGUUGUGGCAAGGGCAGAGGCUGCAGUAAAGGUGGUUGCAAGGCAGGUCGACACUAAAGGAGAGGUUGUAAAGGAAGUGGCUUCUAUAGGAGAGGGGGUUGUGGGAAAGGUAGAAUUUGUAGCAGAUGAAUUAGUAGAAGCAGUGCAGGUUCCCAGAGUGGAAGGAGGAUCAGACUUAGUGUUGGAGGCAAAGGAGGCCACCCUACUGGGAGGUGAAGCUAUGAGAGAGGAGUCAGUGGGAGCAGGAGAAGUUCUCCUGUUGGAAAAAGCAGCCAAACCAGAGGAACCAGUAGGAUUAGAAAAGUUUCCCAUGAGUGAAACAGUGUCUGAAGUGGAUAGGACAGCAAAAGGAGGGGAGGAAUCAGGUCAAGAAAAGGAAGCAACACAGAAUAAAGACCUAGAAAAGGACCCCGCAGUCAACAAAUCGGCACCUCGGUGGGAGGAACUAUUGUUGGACAGAGAGACAGAGAGGGAAACUUUAAAGGAAGGAGAAGCAUGGAAGAGUGAGGAGGGCCUAUUGGAAGCAUCUGAAAAAGUUAUAGCAAAACAAAAACCUGAAGAAGAAAUGGUAGAUGGAGCAGCAUGUGUAGGGGAGUUGGAGGCUGAGAAAAUGACAGCUGAGAGAGAGGAAGUAGGGAAGGCUGGAAAAGAGGAAAUGGCAAAGGAAGCAGAUAAAGAGGUGAUGUCACCAAUGGCAGCUCUUGAAAUGACAUUUAUAUUGGAAGAAGAGGUACCUGUUGAUGAAGAAUCAAGAGAAGAAGCCAAAAUAAAUAUAGGAGAAGUGGAAAGUGAAAAUUUGGAGGCUGAGGCAGUGACAAUGGGAGGAGAAGGAAUGUCAGAAGCAUUGGCCUCUGAAGAGGCAAUGGCAAAGAAAGCCGCAGGCAGUGGGAAAGUAAAGGGAAAUGAAAUAACACAUCGAGGUGAGGAGAUGGAAGGAAAAUCAGCAUCUGAUGAGAAAGAGGAGGCAGAAGAAGCAUUAACUGGAUGUGAGGCACACAACGAGGAAGAAAGACAUGAAGAGGGCCAUGUAAUAGAGGAGUCAGGUUUUGAAGACCAGAGAGUGAUGACAGGAGAAAGUGUCGCCAAAGAAGAUGGAAGAGCAAGAAAAAAAUUUCCCAAAGAAGAAAAACUGAUGACAAAAGUAUCACUGAGGAAGGAAGGAGAAGCAGUGACUGAGAUGGAUUGUGUGACCGAAGAAAUGGCAUCUUGCUGUGGUGCAGCGAGGGCAGAACCUGCCCCUGUAGGAGAGGAAGGAACUGAACAAAGAGAGGCCAACAUGAACUACAGGAUGGGGAGAAGUGGAACAGAAGACAUCAGGGGAGAAAUCAAAUGGAAGCAAUUUGACAGACACAAAAUAGCUGGAACGGAAGUGACAGAAUCUAGAGCAGAAAAUCCACCCAGCAGUCCUGGAGGUGCAGAGCUGCUCGAAGUCCAGCUCAAAGAAGAAAGCCCUGCACAAAUAAGCACAGUGACUACGGGAGCAUCCAUUGCCGAAGAGAGAAAUGGAGGAGAAUGGUGAAAGAAGAAUGGUCUAAAGCUGGACAUAAUUAUCUUCCCUUGGAUACAAUCCCAGAAUGGGGAACAAAGACGCAUCUAAGCAAUCUCUGCAGUUUCUUCAGUGCUGUUAUUUUAGUAACAUUUUUACAAAUCACUGUAGAUUUGUACUGGUUGGGACAUUCACUCUUUCUUUAUUUUACUUUAUGAGUACCAUAACCAUCUGUUACAUUUUACUGGAGCAGCUCUAGAAUGUGCAGCAUACAACUGAAAUAGACCUAUAUAGCCAGUCUUGGAAUUAGCACUCCUUUAUAAUUAUGAAGACAAUAAUCAUAAGGAUUGUUCCACAGCUGUCAUGUAUUUUUUUGUUCUCAAAAUACACAGAGUUAUUACACUGCUUGAACUUAAACCAAAAAAACUCAGCCAGUUUGAGAUGGCUACACAGAAGGAUAAACGAUGCUUUAUGUAUAGUAAUAAAAAAUGGUUGCAAGUGGUUAUAUGUAUAGAAAAUGUGUAUAUAUCAGUAUCACUCCCGCUCUUCUACGCAGCUUGUUGCAUGCCGCUAUUCUUUGAGGUAUCAUCUUCGUGUGUGCAUGUGUCUGUGGUACCCUGUGUUUUGACUGGGGCAUUUAGGGAACACUGUAAAGUAAAUAUUAAAUUAUUAUAACAAAAAGAAACCCAGUUCCGCUUCCACGUACACAGUGCAACUCUUGCAGGAGCUAGUGAAAACUAUGCUAUGUGAUGUAGGACAGAACUACCUCCACUGGAGCACAUUCUUUCCUUGUACAUGUGUGUACAUGCACUGGAGUGGAAAAUAGAGCAUAGGCAUGAAGUCAGGACUGCAUGUGACUGCACUAGAUGGGGAGCAGCUGACGCCUGAGCAUACUGGCCCCACCAAAGCCUUAUGAGACCUAAGGUUCCCUUUUGGGCACAUGCAGUGGUCAGGAGUAGUAGCACACUGCACUUCUAAUACCUCUUAAAGGAGCUGUAAAGUAUGGUCCAUCAGACAACUUCCUGUUGCCAAACCCUGCAUUGAUCCAACCUGCAGAUCUAGGACACUCUAGAUUAGACCUGGAGGGAACACUGCAAAAAAAGCCGCAUAAACCAAAUGAAUGAGUGGCAUUUUCACUCUCUAUUUGUUUCUUAUGGGCACAACUGAACAAACUUUUGUUUGGAAGAACAUGCUUGCAUGUGUGUGUAUUCAUUCAGGGAGGGGCUGUAUCUUAAAAGCUUUCCAUGGUCUUCUGAGUUGCCUAGUUAGGAUUUGGAACCUGCACCAUGUAGCUUAAAUGGUCUAUCCCUUAGUACAAAUAGCAAAUGCCCAAAGCAGUUGUAAUGUUGAAUAGUUCU